AUUGUCGGUUGGUUCUCCUCACAGCACACGGCGCACAGGCAGCGGCACUACGAGCUAGUAACUUGGUUGAAACUACCCCGGAGGCAGUAAGAAGAUGUUUAGCAAGAUGAUGAUUGCAACGAUCGCGGUGAUGGUGGUGGCGAGCGGAGUAUUGGCUGCACCGCAACAGAAGCGCAUCUCGCCACUGGCCGGUGCCGAAUCCCAGGCCGUCAUUCUGGCCCAGGAGCAUAACCACGAUCCGAGCGGUGCCUACAACUAUCGGUACGAGACGAGCAACGGAAUCGCGGCGCAACAGUCGAGCUACGAUGGUGCAAAUGCGGCCGGCGAAUACUCGUACACCGGUCCGGACGGAGUGCUGUACCGGGUGGCCUACAAUGCCGACUCGGCGUACGGUUUCCAGCCUCAGGGUGCGCACCUGCCAGUGGAACCGCCAGUCCCCGACCAUGUGCUCAAGUCGCUCGAGCAGAUCCGCGCCAGCCCACCGCGUGAUCCGGAGUUCAAUCUGGCGGCACUCGAUGCGCAGAUCGCUCGGCUACGCGCUACCCUUGGAUAGGAGCAAACAAACAAACGGGUCCCGAGGAAUCCAGGAUCGUACAGCCUGGGUGUGAUGUGAUGUGUGUCAAAGAGAGAGAGAGUGUGUUGUCUCGAGCUAACGCUGCCAGCUGCGGCCUGGUGGUCGCAACAAACAUGCUUUUUGUUAAUAAAACCUCAGACGAAAAGUUUCGAACGAUUUUC